CAGGAACCAUUGAACUGCUAUUUUGACAGCACGGUUAUUGUUUCUUGUAGCACAGAAUCUGUACCUUGAACAUUUACAUUGGGGUUAAACUUACUUCGGAUGAAAUAUAACGUUAGCUAAGUUAGAUCAUGUUUAAGACAGUUUUACGUCGUACCGUCCAAGGACCAGGGUGGAUUACGUCGAAUGGAUAUCAUUCCCUUUCGUCUUUUAAGUUUACGUGCAGUAAUACAUUUAUGAAUUCAGACAGUGGUAAUAUCAAUGAUUUAUCAACAUACGCUCAGAAGACCUGCAGAAAUUACAUGCAAUUGAAGACAUAUCGACAUGAAAGCAGGAAAUGUUACUCAUCUGCCAAGACCACUGUUAGGAUUGGAUGUGCAUCGGGUUUCUGGGGAGACACUGCAACCUCUGUACCACAACUAAUCUAUGGAGGCAAGCUGGACUUCUUGGUUUUCGAUUACCUCUCUGAAAUUACCAUGUCCUUGCUCACUGCUGCCAAAGCCAAGGUUCCAAACAUGGGAUACGCUCCUGAUUUUGUGCAAGCUGCCAUGUCUCCAUUCAUCAAGGACAUUCAUACAAAAGGGAUCCGUGUGAUCAGCAAUGCGGGGGGCGUGAACCCCCUGGCGUGCGCAGCGGCCCUGCAGGAAGUGGUGCGCAAAGCUGACCUCGACCUUAAAAUCGCCGUGGUAACGGGGGACGACCUUAUGCCGCAGAAGGACACAUUGACAGAUCUUAGGAUGGCAGAUGAUGGAAGUACAAAACCACUUCCCAAAGGUAUUCACAGCAUGAAUGCAUAUCUUGGUGCCUUACCCAUCAAGAGGUGUUUGGACCUGGGUGCAGACAUAGUCGUGACCGGCCGCUGUGUGGACAGUGCGGUAGCGCUGGGCCCUCUCAUGCAUUCGUUCGGGUGGAAACAGAACAGCUAUGACUUGCUGGCUGCCGGAAGCCUUGCAGGUCACCUGAUCGAGUGUGGCGCUCAGUGUACCGGAGGGAUAUUCACGGACUGGCACAAGGUUCCAGACUGGGAUAACAUGGGCUUCCCCGUGGUGGAAUGCUCCGCCGACGGCACGUUCGCCCUCUCCAAGCCUCCAAAGACGGGAGGCCUGGUGUCCUUCGGCACGGUGGCGGAGCAGCUGGUGUACGAGAUCGGGGACCCUCAGAAGUACCUCCUGCCCGAUGUCACCUGUGAUUUCUCUCAGGUCACCAUCACCGAAGUCCCAGGCGUGGAUGGCGGAGCAGUGAAGGUGAAGGGUGCUAGAGGGACACCACCGUCUGGUGACUACAAGGUCUGUGCCACAUACAUGGAUGGGUUCAGGGCCACCGCUGUGUGCCCUGUGGGAGGUCCGAGAGCCGCAGAGAAGGCCAGACGAACAGCGGAGAGCAUCAUUAAGAGGACACAGAAAAUCUUCCAGAAGCUUGGCCUGGAGGACUACAGUGCUGUCAACGUCCAGGUUCUGGGUGCUGAGGACACCUAUGGACCUCAUGCCAGAAAAAACACUGGGCCACGUGAGGCAGUUCUAUGGAUGGCUUUGCAACACAAGAUGAAGAAAGCCUUGGAGUUUUUCUCCAGAGAAGUCGCUUCUGCGGGCACAGGCAUGGCCCCUGGACUUACAGGAAUAGUGGGGGGUCGGCCAAGAGUGUCCCCUGUGCUGAAACCGUUCUUUUUCCUCUAUCCUAAAAUGGAGAUGAAGGUAGAUAUUCAUCUCAAUGGAGAGUUUGUAGAGACGUAUGAAGAGACGGGUCUGUUCCUACGUGAAGGCCAAGUUACCCCCGACAGCCAAGAGGAAGAGUGCAUCGCGCCUCCAGAUUUGCCCAUUGGCCCACACACUUACAGACUGGAAGAACUAGCCUACACCCGGAGCGGAGACAAGGGUGACUCUGCCAAUAUCGGUGUGGUAGCACGACACCCCCUCUACUACCCGUACCUGAAGAAAAUACUGACAGCCAAAGUCGUGGAGGAGUACUUUCAGCACCUCAUACAGAAUUCUGACAGCCACAUGUCCUCAGUCUCCCGCUACGACCUGCCCGGCAUCUACGGCCUGAACUUCGUCCUGAAGAACUCUCUGGGCGGGGGAGGGGUGGCGUCUCUUCGCAGUGACCCUCAGGGCAAGGCAUAUGGACAGAUGCUGCUGGACUAUAAAGUGAAAGGCUUACCCGAUCUAAAGUCACUGGUGGACUGAACUGGAAGCGAUGGCUGUCGGUAGAGUCACGAUGUGAACUAGCUGCUGAAUAAUAGUACCAGACAGAGUCCUCACAAUUGUGCCUUUUCACAAAAAAUGGCCUUGGCUGUGUUGCUGUUUUUUCCUAUAAUCACAAACCUCUGGCUGAAAUUCUGUCAGAUGCAGUGGCACGUUGUCAUUGAAAUGAAAUUCAGUAUGCACUACAGAACUUUCAGUUCUUCUUUGUUACUGCAUCCGUGUCCAUCUCCUGUAAGUAUUUACAAUCGAGUGAUUUAAAUUUUAACUUGUUCAAGUAAGACUUGACACGUGUUUGUUUUAAUUGUGCGCAGGAAUUUAAGUGACAGCCUUUGUGACAGCCAUCUGUAAAAAGCGCUCUACAAACACAAAGCACAAUACAAAUAGCAUUGAAUAGAAUUUAAGAUUUAACCGUUUUUAUAGAAGAGAAACAUCCUGUGCUUCCAAGGAGGGUGAAGAGGAUGUAUGAUUUAGAAGAGAUUUUCUAAAUACAGCAAAGGGAAAUUGCCACUUCUCUUGUAAAAUAAUAAAGAAAUUUAGAAAUUUAGAAAA